CGUACACUUCACAUACAUAGUUUCCCUCAAUUCACCGUUUCUUCCCUUUCUCCAUCUUUCUUAUACCUUUACCUAAUUACGGCGGAGUUACUUAGAUAGUAUACCUGCACCGCCACUCCCACCGCCGAUCGGGAAAUAUGAGCCCAACGGAGCCGAAGCGGAAAAUCCACAACCACCGUUCACCUAUCGCGGUUUGCGGCGACUGGAAGGAAGAAGCUAUCGGCGGAGGAUCGUUGAAGCGUGUGGACCUGAACAACGGAUCUAACGGCUGGGCCUCGCCUCCCGGGGACCUUUUCCUCCUCCGCGGGCCGAACUAUUUCACUAAGAAGACGAAAGUUCCCUCCGGCGAUUGGCUUCUGGAACCGGCUGGGGUGGACUGGCUCCGGUCUAGCUCGAAGCUCGAUCACGUCAUGGCUCGCCCCGAUAACCGCGUUAUCCAGGCGCUGAGGAAAUCGCAGUCGCACGGUAAGUCACUCAAGACCUUCAUACUCGCCGUGAACCUACAGGUACCGGGCAGGGAGCACCACAGCGCGGUGUUCUAUUUCGCCACGCGCGAUGACGCGCCGCUCGAGCCGGGGUCGCUGCUCUACCGGUUCGUCAACGGCGAUGACGCGUAUCGGAACAGCCGGUUCAAGAUCGUGAACCGGAUCGUGAAGGGGCCGUGGAUCGUGAAAACCGCCGUCGGCAACUACUCCGCUUGCAUCCUCGGAAAAGCCCUAAAUUGCCACUACUACAGGGGCCCUAAUUACUUAGAAAUCGAUGUCGAUAUCAGCAGCUCCGCCAUAGCCAACGCGAUUCUCCACCUGGCAUUGGGUUGUGUAAGAUCUGUGACAAUUGAUAUGGGGUUCCUUGUGGAAUCUCAGUCGGAAGAUGAGCUGCCGGAGAAGCUAUCCGGGGCCGUGAGAAUAUGCCAGAUGGAGAUGAGCUCCGCCGCGUACGUCGAUACGACGUCGUCGGCCAAAGUGUUACCUAUUGGCCACUUUCAGAACAGUAGGCGCGUGCAGUCCCAAGAUAGCGGCGAAAUCGAGCCACAUAGUUCUGGUUAAAAACAAACACUGAAUUUUUUUACUUUCACCGUCUCUGUACCUUUUCAAUUUCACUCAGCUGUAGAUAAUAACCUUUCCAAAUUCCAAGUCAAAUUCCAUCAAUAACUUAAUCAAAUAACUUCUUGAAAUUCCUAACUUCUAUACCAUUUUCCUACGGGAAAAUUUCAGUUUGAUGUCUUGGAGUGUAAUUUGUUGUCUAGUCUCAACUGAUCUGGUCUGUUUUCUUUGUAUUUUUAUUACUACCUAAGCUGACAUUUUGGUAAAGAUGAUUUGACAUUAAAUUUAGAGCUCGUUAUAAUUGCU